AUGAAGCAGCUCCUGGGCCCCCUGUUGCGGCAGACCCUGGGCCAGUACCUGGAGGUUGCGGAGCAUGAGCUUGACCUCUCUGGACAGCUGUCCUUGAGCGCGGUGCAGCUCCGGAAGCAUCUUGCAGGGCCGCUGCAGGUCUCCGGGCAAGUUGGCCUUAUCUCAGCACGAUGGUGCUGGUCUGAGCUGUUGCGACAGCCGGUGGUUGUGAAUCUGCACGAUGCCGAACUCCAGCUGCAGCUGGCAGAGGCAUCAGAGGCCGAGAAUCCAGUUCAGACUCCGCAGGAGCCAGAGCCCGGAUUCCUUGGGAGGCUGAAGCGCCGGCUGGUGGAUCAGCUAGACCUCACUGUGACCAACUGCCACCUUAGUCUCGCAGGACUCGAAGUGGUAGCUGGCGGUGCAUUCAAGCGCUUCUCGGUGGCAGCUGUGCAUGCGGGCGAGCAAGUUGUGGAGCUUGAGGGGCUCGAGUUGCACCUCGGACCCAGACAAACGGGAGACGUAGGCGCCAGCAUUGCCGGCGCAUCCUCAGCCUAUCUGCCUCCACCGCCUCCACCUCCACCCUUGCCUGUGUUUCUUUGGGCGUCCCCACGCGGCCGCGCCCGUCGCUUCGCUGGGCGGCGCUUCGUCGACCUCCGUGGCUUGGACCUGGAGAUUGACCUGGAGGCCGUUCAAAUAGCUUGGACGCGCGUGCACGCCGAGUGCAUGCUCACUCUGCUCCGGAACCUUCAGGACCUGAGGGAUGGCAGAGAUUUCAGAGAUUGCGAUUCCGACCCAGAGUUCCUCGAUUGCGAAGAGAGGCCCCGUCCAUCGUGGUCCGCUUGGCUGAGGUCCUGGGGAGUUUUAGGUCCAGAUGAAGGCGAGAUGCCGGAGCUUCCUGCAGAACUGGGAGCGUCCAUGGAAGAAUCACCAGUGGGUAAAGCUGAAUUUAGCCUGGCAUUGGCUAACCCGACCUUGAUCAUUGUUCUUGAUAGCUCUCUUGAAGUCGAACUGAGUUGCCAGAUGAGCUUCCACCUUGGUGAGCAUGACGCCUGGAACCUUGAUGUGCGCCUGACGCGCUUUGCCAUAUCGGAGCUCUUGGAGGGGAAUGCCAAUGUUCCGAUCGGUGGGAUGACGGGCUCCGAUGACCUCGUCAUCAACGCAGACUCACGCGACAAGACCCUAUCACUGCGGAGCGCACAGCUGGAAGUGCAAAUCACGCCGGCUCUUCUGCGCUGUGGCCUUUGGGCAUGGCAAGCCCUUGAGAGUGCACUAUUCUUAAAACCAUCCUCCGAGUUCGUCUCCUGGCAUGUUGCGUGGGACGUGCCGCUUACCGUCGAAAUCGGAAAGCCCUGGCACUCCCGCACGCUCCUCCUGAAAGCCCGCUUCGUUUGCGACAGCGGUGCCGAUUGCUCCGUCCUCACGUGUCUUCAAUUGGAUGAACAUCAGCUGAUUGAAGAGCUGGCCUUAAGCCUUCAUCGGGCCAACAAACUGGUUGCCAUGGCAGAGCUGAUGCGGUGUCAGUGCGACAUUCGCGAUCUUGUAACGUUCAUUCGGGUUGCGAAAACCUUGUACAACUUUCGAGACAUCCUAGAUGUGCCAGGGGAAUCACCUCUUGAGCUCGACGUAAGGAUUGACACCAUAGAGAUGAUCCUGUUUGAUCGAGACCUGGAGCUUGAUUGCGAGCUUUUAUGCAACAGUCUUAAAUUGAGCCUCAUGCAGCCAAGCGCUGCCGGGAUCGUUGCAGAUGAUGUUAAAGUCCAUGUGCGAACGGCUGGGAAGGAGGGCGGUAGUCUCCACAUAGUGAGCCCUGUGAUCAAUGUGACCCUUCUGAAAGGCUUGGAAGCACAGCUAGAAUGUGAGCUAUAUUGCCGCGACCCUGAUUUUGAGGACGCUGCUAUAGGUUGUCCAUCUCUGAGGUGCAUCUAUGUGGAGAACGAGCGUGGCUGCAAGCUCCGGGCAAUCACGCUUGACUGCAGCCUGAACUUCAUAAGCUUGAGCACCACCGAGACCUUCCUUCAGCGGUGCCGACUUGCCUGUGAGUAUGUGUACGACCAUAUCUUGGCCGCACUAUUCAUUGAGCCUGUCUUGCUGGAAGAAAGGCCUUUCGGUCUUUCAAUUGAGGCAGCGGAGGUUGUUGCAACCCCGCAGAUUUCAGCGGGAUGGCUCGCAGGAAGCACAGUUUGUGGAAUGGAGCCGCCCGUGACGAACCUCCUCGAAGAGCUGCAAAGUCGCCCAGUUCCACUGACAUUGCUUUUCCAGAAGCCUUUGCAGAGUUGUUGCUUCACUGUGUGCAUGCAUCCUGUUGUCCUCAAUGCCGUGGACUUUUCUGUGCAGCGUGGGAUCAAGGCAAGACUUGAAAAGUCUGAUAUCACUUUCAAGAAGUUUCAGCAGAGCAUAGAGGGAUCUUGGACUGUUCUCGUGCAGAAGGUCGCCAAGCAUUACCUGGCCCAAGCUGCAGCUGCUUUGCCGAAGCUGUUCUGUAAUAUGUCAGUUGGCGGUCUUCGUCUUUUCGACGGUACAGUCUCAUCGGCUGGCACUUCGCUGGCCUUCCUACGGUUUGGUGGCACAGCCAUUCCUCAGGGAGCCCUUGCUGGCACCUUGGCCAAGGCGGUGGCCUCUGCAACCAGCUCGUCUCUAGAGAAGGGCCGGGAGCUGCGGGGCGGUGACCGAUACCGGUUCGGUGACCUCACACGUGGAUUGGUGUCGCUGUCUUGGGAGCGUGGAGUGCGCGGCACUGCUUCGAGUGCUGCAGCACAUGCCUACGAUACCGGCGCGGUCUCUACCACGGCCGGGGCUUCUGUAGGUGGGGUGCUGCUUGCUCCACUUGGCCCAGUAGGGGUCACUGGUGGGAUGAUGGGCGGAGCCGCCGUUGGGCGCCGAGUCUCUGAAAGUGUUGGGCAUCGUGCCACCGCGGUUCGAGAGUCAAUUUCCCAGACCCUUGCCGAAGGCAGAGAGGCGCGGGGUGAAGGCCAGGAAGACCCCACAGUAACGGACAGUCCGGCGGGGUCUGGCUACCGCUUUGGUGACUUUACACGUGGACUUCUUCGUGCAGGGCGCGAGUCGCGAGGUGGUGAGGGCUAUAAGAUUGGGGAUCUUACCAGAGGAGCGUGGUCCAAGAUGAAGCGGUAG